CCAAAUAAUAAAAAAAAAUUUCUAUCUCUCCAAUUUUUUUUCUCCCGAACCAAACACAACUUAAUAAGUUUCACUUUCCAUUUUGGCAUUUUCCAGUCAACUUCUGGUCUCCUCCCCCACUGCCACACACCUAGGUUUCCUCUUCCUCUUCUUCUCAAAUCCCUCUCCAAAAAAAAACCCAAAUUUUCAACCCAGAAAAACACAAACCAUGGGCAAGAACAAGAACAACAAAAGACCCUAUUACAGCAGCAACAACAACAACAACAGACCUUCAAAGUCACCCAAAAAACACCAUCCCUCUUCAAACAUCUCAAACCCAAAAAACUCCUCACCAUCACAACCACAACAACAACAACCCAAAAAGCGCCCAACUUUCUCCUCUUAUCUCGACACCCCAAACCUCCCUCCAAAAGUCAAACUCCUCUGCGAAAUCAUCGCCACCACGCAGUCCAAUUCCAUCGACGCUUCUCUCACCGACACCGGCAUCCGGGUCACCCAGGCCGACGUCGAGCAAGUCCUCAAGCUCUCCUACUCUUUCCCGGGCCCUUCCGUCAAGUUCUUCCGCUGGUGCGGCCACCAGCUCAACGACGAUCACAGCCCCUACGCCUGGAAUCUGGUCGUGGACUUGCUGGGCAAGAACUCCCUUUUCGACGCGAUGUGGGACGCCGUCAAGUCGAUGAAGCGAGAGAGGUUACUGUCUCUUGCUACCUUCGCUUCCAUCUUCAGUAGCUACGUGAUUGCCGAGCGGGUUCAGGAUGCCGUGCUGACUUUCGAGGUCAUGGAACAGUACGGCAUUCCGCGUGACGUUGUGGCGCUGAAUUCCUUGCUCAGUGCUAUAUGUAGAGAUGGUAAAACCAUCAAUGCAGUUGAGUUCCUCCACGCUGCGCAGGAAAGGAUCAGACCCGAUAUGGACACUUAUGCCAUUUUGUUGGAGGGGUGGGAGAAUGAGUCCAAUGUGGUUUGUGCUAGAAAGACGUUUGGUGACAUGUUGUUUGAUAUUGGUUGGGACCCGAAUAAUGUCCCGGCUUAUGAUUCGUUCUUGACUACAUUGAUCAAGGCCGGGCCUGAUGAGUUUGAUGAAGCGCUUAAGCUUUUUCAUACUCUCCGGGAAAAAGGGUGUUAUCCCGGAUUGAAGUUCUUUAAGGUAGCACUUGAAGCGUGUUCUAAGAAACGUGAUGCUCGCGGGGCUGCUAUGCUUUGGGAUGUAAUGCUUCGUGUUCGUGAUCGCGGUUUGGCUUUUCAUGUAAGCCCUGAUUUGGAAAUGUAUUCCUGCGUUAUUACUUUGUUUUGUACUUGUGGUGAUACGGAUACUGCGAAGAAGUUGUUGGAUGAGAUGGUUCUAAAUGGGAUUUUCCCGAAUUCGAAGAUUUAUAAUGUGCUGUUUCAAUUCAUGUUGAAGAGCAAGCGGUUGAGGGAUGCAACGGUUGUGUUUAAUGAGAUGGUUAAGAAUGAGUUUGUUCCGGACUGUGCUAAUUGUGCUUUAGCUGUUAGGAGUUACUUGAAUUCUACGGAAUAUGUUAUGGCUAUAAAAAUUUGGAAAUGUAUGAUUGAGAACUAUGAUUCUGACUUGGAAGAGACUGGGAAUCGCUUGGUUGUGGAGCUUCGUGAUAUGAAUAGGCUCCCAGAAGCUGUUAAGUAUGCUGAGGAUAUGAUUGCUAGAAGAAUCAAGGUGAGCUCUUCCACAUUGUCAAAGCUGAGAGAGGGCCUUAACAAAGCCAGAAAGACAUUAGUGUAUGACGAACUUUUCAGAAAGUGGAAAUAUCAUUAGGUCAGCAAUAAUUCAAUCAAAAGUCAAAGCUGUUUAUUAUGUGGAACUCAAAGACCAGGAAAGAGAAGCAUGCCGUGCAAGACUAUCUACCCUCAAUGAUUGAGAUUUCAAUUGUAAGGGUGGUGCUGUGCCGCAAGAUCAAUUGAGUCUCACAUGUGAAAAAAAUUGAGAGGGAAGAGGGACUCCAUUCCUCGUCCUUCCCUGCUUGCCAACUCCUUUCUGCAACUUGUAAAAUGGACUAGUCCAAUUCUUUCCUCUAAGUUAAAAUUUGGCGUUUAGUGUUUCAGAACUUUUCCUCACAUAUUGCAUUGUUUAUAUUUUAAAGGAAAUAAUGCCAUUGCCUCAAAUGGAGCCUUUACAUUGGAAUGGCUGAUUCUUUAGGUGUCUCAUCACAGCAUAAGCACUUCUAGUUACUUGGUAUUUAAAACUUAGAGAAGGUAGAAAAUUUAGAAGUAGAAUGCAGGUUCUACUAGAAAUUGUGUUUUAUCUGUCUCUUUGUUUACAUUCUAUGAAAUGGAAUUGUGUUUAUCUGUGAA